AUGCGUGCGGUGUUCGUGUUUACCGUGUUGUUUUGUGUGGUUGUAAGUUGUAAGGAAGAAUCGGGUAAAGAAGAUUACGGAACUGUUAUUGGGAUUGAUCUGGGCACAACUUAUUCCUGCGUCGGUGUUUUCAAGAGUGGACGUGUUGAAAUUAUCGCAAAUGACCAAGGCAAUCGCAUCACACCUUCAUAUGUCGCGUUUACCUCUGACGGUGAUCGACUUAUUGGUGACGCUGCAAAAAAUCAGUUGACAUCGAAUCCGAGAAAUACUUUGUUUGAUGCCAAGCGACUGAUUGGACGUGAUUUCGACGAUAAGGAUGUGCAGAGUGACAUUAAGCGUUAUCCGUUUAAGGUUAUUAACAAAAACAACAAACCCUACAUGCAGGCUGAGGUCGGUGAUAAUCAAAAGAAGGAUUUCGCCCCUGAGGAGGUAUCCGCCAUGGUACUUGGGAAAAUGAAAGAAAUUGCUGAGGCCUAUUUGGGAACCAAAGUCACCCACGCGGUUGUUACGGUACCCGCUUACUUUAACGACGCUCAACGCCAGGCGACGAAGGAUGCUGGCUCCAUCGCCGGUCUAACCGUACUGAGAAUUAUCAACGAGCCGACAGCCGCAGCCAUUGCCUAUGGUUUGGACAAAAAAGACGACGAAAAGAACAUCCUUGUUGUCGAUCUUGGUGGUGGUACAUUUGAUGUUUCCUUAUUGACGAUUGACAAUGGCGUAUUUGAAGUUGUUGCUACAAGUGGUGAUACCCAUCUUGGUGGGGAGGAUUUCGAUCAACGUCUCAUUGAGUAUUUCAUUAAGUUGUACAAAAAGAAGGAGGGCAAGGACAUCUCCCAGGACCAUCGUGCUGUUCAGAAGCUCAGGCGCGAAGUCGAGAAAGCGAAAAGAACUCUGAGCACUGAACACAGUACUGUUAUUGAAAUCGAUAGCUUCUUCGAAGGCAAAGAUUUUUCGGAGACAUUGACCAGAGCACGCUUUGAAGAACUGAACAACGACCUCUUCCGAAGCACUCUCAAACCGGUCGAGAAGGUAAUGUCGGAUUCUGGUCUUAAAAAGGAAGACAUUGAUGAUAUUGUCCUGGUCGGUGGAUCAACGAGAAUUCCCAAGAUUCAGCAACUUGUCAAAGAAUAUUUCAAUGGUAAGGAGCCAAGUAGAGGUAUCAACCCGGACGAAGCUGUUGCUUAUGGUGCCGCUGUACAAGCUGGUGUUAUCAGUGGUGUUGAAGACACUGGCGACAUCGUCCUUCUUGAUGUUUGUCCGCUUACAUUGGGUAUCGAAACCGUCGGAGGCGUAAUGACGAAACUCAUCCCAAGAAAUACUGUUAUUCCUACCAAAAAGUCGCAGGUGUUUUCAACUGCAGCUGACAAUCAACCCACCGUCACCAUUCAGGUGUACGAGGGUGAGCGUCCAAUGACAAAGGACAAUCAUUUCUUGGGCAAGUUUGACCUUACGGGUAUCCCACCUGCUCCGCGCGGUGUUCCUCAGAUUGAGGUCACCUUUGAGAUCGACGUGAAUGGUAUCCUUCGUGUGUCUGCUGAAGACAAAGGUACAGGGAAAAAGAACAAAAUUGUUAUCAACAAGGAGACCAACCGUCUUAGCCCUGAGGAAAUUGAACGCAUGAUUCAUGAUGCAGAGAAGUUCUCUGACCAGGACAAGCAAGUUAAAGAGCGAGUGGAAGCCCGAAAUGAACUUGAAAGUUUUGCAUAUUCUGUCAAAAACCAGGUUAAGGACAAGGAAAGUGUGGGAGGAAAACUUGGUGACGAAGAAGUCAAGAUCAUCGAGGGUGCAGCGGACGAAGCAAUCCAAUGGAUGGAGAACAACCCGCAAGCUGAAGUCAGCGAAUACAAAGAACAGAAGAAGAAGAUCGAAGAAGUUGUACAACCUAUUAUUAGAAAGUUGUACGAGCAAAGCGGCGCUCCCCCACCCCCACCAGGCGAUAGCACUCCGAAAGAGGAGCUGUAG